AUGUUCCGUCAAAGCAUUCGUCGCUUUGGUACCACGGCCGUUCGGGCUGCUGUCGAGAACAGACCUGCCUACACUUCCCGGGUGUCCACAGCGCAGGGCGUUGUCAAUGGUCUGACGGAAGCAAUUGGCAACACUCCUUUGAUCAGAUUGAAGCGCCUCUCUGAAGAGACCGGAUGUAACGUGCUGGGCAAGGCUGAAUUCCAAAACCCUGGCGGUAGUGUGAAAGAUCGGGCCGCACUGUUCGUCGUCGAGGAUGCCGAGAAGAAGGGACUACUCCAGCCUGGGGGUACUGUUGUUGAGGGCACUGCCGGUAACACCGGUAUUGGUCUCGCGCAUGUUUGUCGGUCUAAGGGCUACAAAUUGGUGAUCUACAUGCCCAACACACAGUCUCAGGGAAAGAUUGACUUGCUCCGAUUGCUGGGUGCCGAGGUCUACCCGGUCCCCGCCGUCGCAUUCGACAACCCCGAGAAUUACAACCACCAGGCGCGCAGACAUGCCGAGUCUCUGAACAAUGCAGUCUGGACCAACCAGUUCGACAACACUGCCAACCGUCAAGCCCAUAUCGAGACCACUGGACCGGAGCUUUGGGCGCAGACUGGCGGCAAAAUUGAUGCCUUUACCUGCGCUACGGGUACUGGUGGUACGCUUGCUGGUAUCACACGUUAUCUCAAGGAAGUCAGUGACGGACGCGUUAAGAGCUUCCUAGCUGACCCGCCAGGCAGUGUGUUGCACAGCUACAUCCAGAGCGGCGGCAAGCUCGUCGACCGCUCAGGUGGAAGUAUCACUGAGGGUAUUGGCCAGGGCCGUGUGACCGACAAUCUCCAGCCGGAUAUUGACCUGCUGGAUGGUUCCCUGAACAUCAGCGACGAGAAGACCAUUGAGAUGGUCUACCGCUGCUUGGAUGAGGAGGGUCUCUACUUGGGAGCUAGCUCUGCUCUGAACGUGGUGGCUGCUAAGGAAGUUGCCGAGAAGAUGGGCAAGGGCAGCACUGUCGUGACCAUCCUGUGCGAUGGUGCUUACCGGUACGCCGACCGGUUGUUCUCCCAGACUUGGCUCGAGAGCAAGAAACUGCGCAGCUCGAUUCCCAAGCACUUGGAGAAGUACAUUGUGCUACCCUAG